AUGCCCAUCGAGAUACGGAAGGCUCUGGACCGCGACCUCAGGCGUUGUGCCGAGAUAGGGCACCAGGCGUUCGCCAACAACCCAUUCUUCAAGGUCAAGUUUCCCGGCUACGUGCCGAAAGAUGGAUUCCUUGGCCUCCGGACGGACGACCUGUCGAGGCAGCUCCGCGAGGACCCAACCGCUCGUAUGUUCGUAGCGGUGGACACGGAGCGGCGAGGCGACAGCGCGAUAGUGGGGUUCGCCAAGUGGAAUGUCUACCCGAGUGGCAUGCCCUACGCCAAGUCCACACCGUCCUCGUGGGGCGCCGCAGCCAACGUCGACGUGUGCAAGGCAGUCUUCGGCGGGGUUGAAGAGAUGCGAAAUCGUUUGAUGGCAGGCAAGCCAUGUAUCUUCACGGACCCGAUGUAUCAACAGCGUGGUGUCGGACAGCACCUGAUGGCUUUCGGCAUUCAAGAAUCUCUCCGUCUGGAUAUUCCAAUCUACCUCGAGUCUACGGAAGCAGGCCACUCGUUGUAUUCGAACAUUGGGUUUGAUGAUGUCGAGGUCCAUCGCGCUGAUAUAGCCAAGUCUGGACAGUCGCGGCCUCACUUGAUCUGGGCUAUGAUUCGGGAGGCCUAUUGUUGGUUCCCAUAA